CGGUAACGACUUCGGGACUGCAAGUGCUCUCGUCUUGACGGUCAAUAUGACCUCCAAUACUGUUGCUUUUCCGACUCCCUCUCGUGCUGUAACGCCCUCUGUCUCGUCAGAAACAUCGCUGCAGGCUCGACAUCCGGUAGUAUCAAUGUCUUGCCACACGAGUGCUGUCGAGGUCUGUGACCUUGUUUACAGUGCUUCUAUCUCGUCCUGGGAUGCCAUAGAAAGGUUCUAUGAGCCAAACGCGACAUAUGAGAACCCAUUCGUUACCGCCAGUUCGCGCACGCUCAUAUCCGACAUCCAUGCUGUUGCUUCUCACCUUUCGCACAUCGACGUGCCCAGACCAGUCGCUGUGCUGCACGCUUUGUUUGGCCUGAAGAAGGAGAAGCUGUGGAUGAGCCCAUGGUUCAGGGCUGUGUCAGUGUGGGGAGAAACAGGCGAUGUAUGCGAGAGCGAGAGCUUCGAUGGGCAUCGGAAGAUUAUAGUCGAACACACGCUACACAUUUUGCUCCUACCGGGGCUGCACUCUCCUGGAAGACACCACCAGGUGGUGGCAACGACUCAGCCGGAAACACCGUCGACACGUACCCUCUCGCUCCCCUCAGCACAUCUUCAACAGGUGGCUCACUAUUCGACGCUGGGGAUUGACCUAUCGUUGCCGUCCCCCUUCCACCUCCGUCUCCCGAUUACGUCCAAGCUGUCCUUCAACGAUGCGGGAAAGAUUACAUAUCAUAGAGAUCUCUGGGAUGUCAAGGACAUGCUCGGACUUGUGCCUGGAAUGUCACUAGCACAAUGGCUAUCCGGUAGAUUCGCCGCACAGGGCAUCCGAGGGGUGGCAUGGCUUGGCCGUUCAUUGUUGUGGUCUAGGCCGGAAGAUGAGGUUCACCCGCGGUCUGUCACCUGCCGCAAGCGGACCGCCGACGAAGAGCAGGGGCUAUCGUCCGCCGGGGCUUACGCGAACGCCGUGAGAGAAGAGACGACGUGAGGCUGUCGGGGUUCCAACGGCAGAGGCGCGUCCUUGUGCUGUAUAUGUCGACAGCAUUUAAUUGCGAGUACGUCCACGCUCUUGUUUUUUUUUAGCCUUUGCUCCAGAUGCUUUUCUCUGAAGCGAUACCCCACCUGGUUCAUUGGUUCCCCUCUUGACUCCCGGACGCACGGCCAUUCUCGGCUGGUCGCUGCUAUUCGUUUCCUGUAUUAUACUCCUUUCGCAAGCCGUGACAUCGC